AUGCCUGGCGGUAAAGCUGGUAAAGAUCAUGGAAAAGCUAAAGCAAAAGCUGUCUCUCGAUCAGCACGUGCUGGUUUACAGUUUCCCGUUGGUCGUAUACAUCGUCAUUUAAAAUCACGAACAACAAGUCAUGGACGUGUUGGUGCGACAGCCGCUGUUUAUACAGCUGCAAUUUUGGAAUAUUUGACUGCUGAAGUUUUGGAGUUGGCUGGUAAUGCGUCAAAAGAUCUAAAAGUCAAACGUAUCAAUCCAAGACAUUUACAGUUAGCUAUUCGUGGUGAUGAAGAGUUGGAUACAUUAAUUAAAGCAACAAUUGCCGGUGGAGGUGUUAUUCCACACAUUCAUAAAUCAUUAAUUGGUAAAAAGACACCGAUACAAGGUGGAAGUGUUCCACCACCAGUCAAACAAUCGCAAUAA